AUGCGGCGCCGGGGACGGCGGAGGAGACCCGGGCCCUCCUCCGCCCUCGCAGGCUCCCAGGGCCGCCUCCUCGGCCUGGCGCUGAUGCUGGCCCUGGGGCUCCCCUCAGGAUUGUUUGCCCCAAAAUCGGCCAACGUUCAUUGUUCUUCCGGUAUAGAUCCUAAUGGAGUGAAAGUUGUAGGAUCAACCAAUUUGCCAGUCAAAGUUUAUGUCAAGAUGAAUUUCAACAGCCCACGUAUUCUAUGCAUUACGAGUCACCUAAGAAAUUCUGAAUUGAUCGACCCAAUAUUCCAGUGGCAUGGACCAGGAGGUGACAUGGUCACAGAAAAUCAGACUGUGAAAAUAACACCAACAGGAACUUUGCUAUUCCGGCAGUUUAAACCGGAGAUGAGUGGAGUCUACACAUGUUCCCUUGUAUUUAAGCCAACCACCGAGCAAUCUGAGAAGAGCUAUUUGAUCAAAUACGUUCUUUAUGGGCCGGCACACCUGCUAGGCGAACUAGGCAUUCGCCUAGAGUGCGGGCUGGCCCUAGGGGUGCCAAACAGGUCCCAGCCCCCCCGGCCAAAGCCCCCCAGCCUCCACCAAAAGCAGGCUUUUAUAGUCCGCUAUCACGCAGCUCCCUGCAACAGUAUCUACAAUACAUCCUUUGAGAAGAAGUUGCUUCAGAUCCUGAGCAAGCUGGUCGUCGGGCUAUCCUGUGAGAUUGCAUUACAGACGUCCGAGUGCCAUCAUGUCAAAAUGCAGAGAGCGGGAUUGCAAAACGUGCUCUUCUUUACCUUUACAGUUUCUUCUCUAGAACCGGAGAAAGGCAAAAGUACAUGUGAGAAGAGUGCGUGCGACAUAUCAAGAAGGUUACGAAAGGCGAAAGACCUAAUAGAGAAAUUUUUUAACCAACAAGUUCAAGUUCUUGGAAAACAGAAACCCCCCCUGCCUGAGAUCUACUAUAUUGAAGGCACUCUGCAAAUGGUGUGGAUUAACCGCUGUGCUCCGGGCUAUGGAAUCAACCCUCUGCUGCACCCAGAUUGUCCUCAUUGCUGCGUGGUUUGCAGUCCAGGAUCAUACAACCCUCGCGAAGGCGUUCACUGCCUCCAGUGCAACAAAAGUUUGGCCUAUGGAUCAAAAACCUGUUAG